CUGCCCCCAAACAAGCCGGGGCUCCAAAUAAGCGAGACGUGUAAAUACCAUGGAAGACGAUAAGGGGAAGGAGGACGCGGAGGAUUGGAAGAUUUACGAGGCCCUGUGCAGCAAAACACCAACUGAGAUGGACGCGGACGUGGGGAAUGACGUCGUCACCGCCUUGAGGAGCGAUCUCGCGGGGCUGCAGUACAAGCGAGAUAAAUUGUUGUCUGAAGUCAGCGAUUUAAAGAACCAAAUGCUUUCCCGUGAUCAAAGAAUUUUAGAACAGCAGGUGGAAAUCGACCACCUGCGCGAACAGAAUGCCAGGCAAAACGCGGUCAUAUCGUCUCUUAGGAAGAAAAUUCAGGACCUCGAAGAAAUACAGCGUACCUUACAAGCUGCUCAAGGGAGGAGCGACAUGACAGUACAAACUUUACAGAGAGACAAUCGCUACUACGAUGAUAAAAUAAAAGACUUAGAAAAGAAGCUUCGUACUCUUGAAUUAGAGUGUCAUAACGAAGAGCAGCAAAAGGAAAAUGCCCGCUGCCAGUUUCACGACUUAGUGCGUCGUUUGUCUGCGGCGUUGGACGCUGAAUUCUGUGACACUACUCACACCCAUUCCCCAGAAAGCCUUAUAAUCAAAGCGGCGGAGUUGGUGCAAGAAAUAACAAGGCUCAAGAACAGAUGUAUGAACACUACGGAGAACUUGUCGAGUGUCGAGCAGGACUUUAGGAGUUGCCGGGAUGCGUUGGAGAGGGCUAACGCGGACAAAGACAUGCUGCAGCGACAGGUGACAUCUCAAUUGCUUGAGCUGGAGCGACUACGGCAGGAGAAGGAGUCGCUGUCCGUACAAACGCGAGUCCUGGACCGCGAGCUGCACGAGGCGCGCGAGAAGCUGUCCCACUGCUCCAAGAACCUGAGCGUCGUCACCGACAACGUCAACCAGAACGAGUCCAUGAUUGUGCAGCUGAAAGAGGACCUCCGUCACCGCGACGAAAAAUACCAAAGAUUGCAAACGGAAUUUCGCAAUACGAUGGAGUCAAUCGCGAUUCUCCUGAGCUUGCCGACGCGGUUCGUCGAGGCCCACGAAAGCACCAUCAAAGACAGGAUUCGAGAGAUUCUUAGCGACAACAAGGAUAAAACUGUGCAAAUCGAUGCGCUGCGCGAAAAGUUAAGCAUGGAGUCCCAGCAGUUCAGCCGCGCGGCGCACGCGCACGAGCAGGCCGCGACCCGCGUGCGGGUACUGGAGGACGAGCGCAACAUGCUCGAGGGCAAGGUCCACAAGCUUGAGGCUGAACUGGCAGCGCUCGAGCUCACCAGAGACAAUUUACGCAAGGACAAAGCUAAUUUUGUAGCCUUCCUCGAGCGGCUUAGCAGGACCAUGAAUAUGGACGAGCUGACCCAGGACAUCGGUAUCGAGCUCCACACGGACGCCAUCAUGCAUCGCGCCGAACAGCUGGCGAGGCUAGAGAGCGAUAAAAUCGUCGACAAGACGGCCGUGGUGUACCAACUACAAAGACGGAUACGGAUCCUUAGGGAACAAAUUCAAAGGAAAGACUUGCAUCUGGACCUGUUACGGCGCAAACUAAGUGUUCAGGAGGAGUCAUCGCGCGUGCGCGCCGUGCUGCAGGCCGAGCGCGACGAGGCGACAGCAAGGAGCAAGAAGCUAGCGCGCCAGUGUGACAAGCUAGCCGCGCAACUCGGCGAUGCCCGCGCACAGCUGCGCGAUCUGCACGCGCAGGUCGCUGACGCGGCAGAGUAUAAGAUAACUUCGUUGGAGAGGGCGCGCAAGAUCGAGGAGCUUCAGAAGAAGCUGGACGAGGCAGAGCUGCUCCGAGCGCGGUACAACCGCAAAGUCAACGUGCUCAAAGACCAGGUCCGGAACACCGGGGAGACCUUCGAGCAAGAACGGACAACAUCAGAGCACCAGAUCAACAUGCUACGCGAUGACCUGGCCCGCACUAAAGAAGCGCUUGCUGAAAGUCACAGGAGAGAGGCUCAGCUCACCAGCUUUAGGAACUCAAUAGCGAAACUCCUUGGCAUCCUGGUGCCGUCAUCGGUGUCCGACUUCGAGAUGGUCUCCCGCCUGCAGAAGCUGAUUGACGCGCACCACGACUUCACCGUGGUGUCGCGUCGGUACGACGACCCGACGCUGCUGCGGGCGUCGUCGCGGUCGCCGCCGCCGUCGCGCUGUCGCACUCGGACACCCGACAGGUAG